AUGAAUAAUAGUAAAGAAACAUUCGAACUUCUUAUUUCACAUGGUGCAAAUAUCGAGAUGGAAGAUAUCAACUCUAUAGUACAUAUAUUAACAACAGAUCGUAUAUUCUAA